CCCGGCUCGCGUACAUGAGCAAUUCUGUCUGUGAACUUGAGUUUGGCCUAUAGCGCGGGCUACGUCAAUUCUGUCUGCUAUCGAACUCAACGUGUCCGGAACAGGCCGUGGAAUAGGAAACAUAAUAUAUUCAUGCAUUUAUGUGAUUUGGGUUUCUUAUGCAUGUAGAACAGUUUCAAAAUACGCGGUGAAUCAACAAUGGCUUCGACAUCAAUUUCGUCGGAGGAGGAGGCGUGGGAGAACGUGAGGGAGGUCGUGGGUAAAGGUGAUCAGGCCACAAUCAACCAAGGCUACACGAAGUGGAACGAUUACGAAAAGGAUAUGGCAGCUUUAUCCUACCAAGCCCCUACAGAAGCAGCUAAUAGAGUGAUGUCAUGGGUUCCUGAUAAAGGAUCAAGGAUUCUCGACUUCGGGUGUGGCACGGGACUGGUGGCUGAUCUGCUACAUGACAAUGGCUACACAAAUAUGCACGGCGUUGAUCCUGUCGAGAAGAUGAUUGAGACAUGUACCAAGAAAGGAACGUAUACCUCAGCAACGGUUUUGGAAAUUGACCCCGUUACCAAAAUUCCUUUCCAAAAUGGUGAGUUAUUAUAACUGGACCCAAUAAUCGAACCGUAAAGAUGCAAACUUUUGGUAUUUUAAUUUUGUAUUGAGUUAAACUCCUUUGUUCGCCAUAGACUUGUAUUCUACUGUAUUUGUUACACGUGGUGCAUGGGGUCCAUGGGCCACACAUCUAUACAAUCACUACUAGAUUAUGAUUUUCACGUUCUGUACACGUUUAAUUCAAAGUGGGGGUUAGACCUCCCCCCCCCCCCGCCCAUCUGUUCCUUAUAUAGUCCCGUACUCUUUCUGAUAAAGACAUAUUAACGUAUAGGCGUGGGCCUACAGGUGGCAAGUCUGUCCUUGUGAAAAUUGAAAAAGACAGAGACCAAGCCAGCCCCCCCCCCAUCCCACUUCUUUUUUUUUAAAGUUCCCUGGCCCCAUAUACUUUCCAAAGAGGGUGUAAAGAAUUAUCCCUUUAAAAAGGAAUAUUUUCUCAGUGGAACACCACAAACGCAACGUCAAAUAUAAUGCGACACAUACCUAGCGCUGCUGCACGAUUUCAUAAUCUAAAAAAAACGAAGUUGUCGAUACGUCCUAGACAUAUAUAAUCAUUUUCUAAAAAUGUUCAUUAUUUUCAAAUGACGUCACAGCGUGAAGGUUUUCCGAUGUAAAGGGGUCACUACGUUCGGAGGGGGGGAUAAAUUCGGUCGCUUGUAUCACCCCCAACAUGCUACCUCUGGGCACACGGGGUGCCUGGUAUGCUAUACAAAUAAAAAUCCAAAUAUCGUCAAUGACCCAAACAAUGUUCGAUCCGAUAACAAAAGAAUCCGUCCACAGGAGAACCCUAAAAAUACACUAUAUUGCACUCUCAGAUAUGAAGAGAAUUUCUGUCAUAAAAUCAUACAGGCGCUCUCUGUAUACAUGUACCACUAACACACGUUCUCGCAGUGCCGCGUGGUUUAGGGAUAUUAAUCAUUCAUUUCUUCGUGGUGUCUAAUUAUUAUAUUCAACAAUAUUGUAUGCUGAUCGACUGAUUAAGAUGGUGAUCAAGGUGUAUGUUGAUCUAGGCUCACAGCCUUGCCGGUCGCUAGUCGUGUUUCUGAAACAUUCAACCAUUCCGCACGAAAUCGUCGAGAUUGAUAUUGGAAAAGGAGACCAGAAGAAACCAGAGUUUGCCGCCAUUAAUCCAAUGAUGCGAGUACCGGCAAUGCAAGAUGGCGAUUUCUGCCUUUCGGAAGCAAUUGCUAUAUUCCGAUACCUGACGACGAAGUUCCCAAAAGCAUUCCCCGAUCAUUGGUAUCCAGCCGAUCUCUGUCGCCGUGCCAAGGUAGACGAAUACCUAUCCUAUCAUCACCAAGGCGUAAGACAACCAAUCGAUGCAGUCUUUAUGACAGAGGUUUUGACGCCGAUGUUCACCGGACAACCAGUUUCCCCAGAGAAGAUGAAAGACGAGGAGAAAGUAAUGAGAAAUGCUUUGGCAGACUUUGAGAGAGUUUUCCUUGCCGGUAAACCCUUCAUCAUUGGGGGUGAAGUCAGCUUCGCCGAUAUCAUGUUCGUAAGCGAGAUGAUACAGAACACAGUGAGUGGACGUCACGUGACCGAGGGCAAUGAGAACCUGAAGGCCUACGUGGAUCGCGUCACUGACAAACUCAAUCCCAUCUUCAACGAAGUCUUCGAUGAAAUCUUCAAAUGGAGGGAACAAUACCUCAGCAACAAGAAAUGAUUUUACAGUGGCAAGCGAAUCGAGUGACGAUUAUCAACCGAAUUCUAGUUAUGAAUAUGUUCAUAUGAUAAUAAUUUUGACGUCUUUUUUGCCAAAUUUUAUGCAUCGACAUUCACGGGGUUGGUACAAUAUCGUUUUGAUUUAAACAUGUUAAAUGCGUUUUGAAUAAAAUUUAGUACACAUAUUCAUGUUUUUUUUAAUUUAUUGACGACCAUAUUUUUGGAAGUGUAAGCUAGAAGAACAUUGCAAAUACUUGAUUAACUAACAAGCAGGAUAGCUCGUGGUGUACAGAUAUUACAUUGGUCUAAAUCUAAUUUAAUUAAAAAUUCAAACCCCAGGUAUAUACUCUUGAUUCAAGAGUAUAUACCUGGGGUUUGAAUUUUUCUUGAAAGAAAUACUCAGUAUUAUGUGUCAAAGAGUACAUAAUGUUACCCACUUAUGAGAGAAGUAUAUCUCGCCACAAAAUAAAGACAUAAUGUGUGUGUGGGGGGCACAUUUUUUACAGUUUCAAUCUUUUCGUUGUAUAGUAGAUAUAUGAUAUUUAGUUUGUAUUAAUAAACUUAUAUAGUCUUUCAAACAAAUGUUUACUGUUUUAAUGUGUUGGAUAUAAGUUGGAUAUAAGUACUAGUAUAUUGUAGCCUAAUAAUGUUAUUAGCAUGAUCAGUAAUAGUGGUAUCAGUUAUAGCUACACUCUAAAAAAAAAGGUUUACCCAACAUUUGCUAAAACGGAAACAUGCAUGUUGGUCGGGUAAAAAGAUAUAUAUAUAUUGUAAAUUUUACGCAAUGUUGCGUUAAAAUAGCCCAAUAUGGGGUAAAAAUAAUAUCCAGCAAACAUGCAUGUUCCCUUUUUACCCAAUACUGGGUAAAAUUUUACUCAGUGUUUUUAGAGUGCAUAUAACGUGGUGUUUGGAGAAGUGUUGGCGACGCAAUGAAGGUGUGAUGAUGAUGGCAAUGACGAUGAUUAUGAUAAUGACGAUGAUGAUGACGACGACGAUGAUAAUGAUGAUUAUGAGGCUGAUGAUGAUAUUUUAAUGUCUCCCCUGCUCUCUGAUUUAAACCAACGAAUUUUUUUUUUUUUCGAAUUCGAAGAUUUAUUUAUGGGCUGUAUGUUUUUAUCAAAUCCAGAAUUAUUAUUGCAAGCUCUUUAAUUUCAAAGUAUAACAAAGAAAAAUAUUUAAAUUUACAUCAGUUUCUAUCAUAAAGCUAAAUAAUAAAGAGGAAAUAUAUAUCAACAAAGUUGGCGUCGAUGCCACUUUUGGUAAUAAUAAUAAAGCGCUUUUUGCCAGAGGAUACAAAGCGCUGCUAUUAUUACACCGGCUUUAGCUCGAGCUACCAUCACCAUAACAUAUUUUGAUAGGUUUCUAAGCAGUUUAAUAAUAGAUGUAAUCGUUUCAUUCGAUAUACAAACAUACAAAUUUUGAUUGAUUAAUAGUUGUAGAUUGAAAUGUGCUACUUUUUUAAUAUUCAUGAACAGACAAGUUUGUGGAAGGAUAUUGCCUUGAUAUUGUUAAGCACGGCAUCAAGAAAAAGAAAAUGUUAAUGAUUUUUGUCAAAAUAAACAUUGACGCAUGAGCAUAACUUUGUCUGAAUGUGAGCGUAUGUAUAUGUUCUUUAAUCAACUAUUCAAGUUUCCCUUCCUGCAAUGUUUUUUUUUUUAUGUUUUUUUAAUUGAUUUAACCAGGAAGGCAAGUGGAGACCACCUCCCUUAUGUUUUUUAAGUAAUGAAAAGCCAACUCCCCCCC